ACGCAGCAGCAGUUGAUUGACAGGUGGGGUUGACAGGUGUGCUCUGUUGCUAGGAUCCGCCUCAGAGACCGGAAACGACAAGCUCUCUCUAUUGGUACCGAUAAUAUCUGGGUCAAAGAGAUCGAGACAUUAUUCUGGCGACAUCAGGCCGUUACUGUGUUUGCUCCACUUCACGUUAGUUCAGUUUGACGGUUGGUUUUGGGGAUAAUGGGGCGAAAGAAGCGUGAAGAUGGUCACAGUGACAGAGGAUUACCAGACACACCAGCGAUGAGCAGACGAUACAAGCACAGGAGACUUCUGACCAACAGGCAUCAUGAGGCGUUUCCAGAAGAGGCUGAAGAGCAGGAGACUAGCAUCAAACCUGUCCAGUGCAAAUCUGUGUUUUACUCAAGCCGCCCUGCAUGUACUGGAAACGUCAAACACAAAGUCGUCUCACCAGUGAUUCCAGACGAUAAAAAGCCUGCACCAACAUGGAACACAACCAUUAACAUGACCCCUGACCCAGAGGCUUUCAGACGUGGUGGAGUUAAAGAAGAGGAGCGAAACUUGGCAGUGACCCCCGGAAGCAUUACAUCUUCCAGCAUAGGGACAGAUGCAACAUUUAACUUUGAUGAGGAUGAUGAAGAAGACUGUUACUCCUCCUCCUCUUCAUCAUCCAGCAGCCUUCCCUCACCAGAGAUCUUCAGGAGAGAAAACUAUGUGGAAACGUUGACUUUCCCCAUGAAGGAGGAGACACUGGAUCUCCAUCUUCACAUAAAAAACUCCACCUUGCUGGAUGUGAGCCACGCCCAGAACAUCCACAUGCACGACACCCCCAACAUUUCUACCAUCAUUGAUGCCUCCACAACUCAUGCAAAGAGGAACCGUGAGAUCCAAGGGCCUGAACCCGAGACUAAAAUACCAACAGAUUCAUUCAAAUCAGACAAUCUGGCUCAAGCAUUCAAGCGGAAAACUCCAGUGAAACUCACCAACAGAAGACUUAUUCUGUGCAAGAAGAAAGUAUCGUUCAAAACCCCCGUUGUUGCUGAGACCCAAGAAGUGAAACGCAUCUCAGCCGCCAGAACAACUCUUCCAAACACCAGCGAGUCAGCUCGAAGGCCCAGCCCGGCCGAGCAGGUGAAGCCCCAUGCAGAGGCGUCGGGAGCGGGCGAGAUGAAUUCUGAGGACGGCACGCCGCAUCUGAGGGUGAGGCUGAAAAGGCCUGUGAGGAGGAGCCCGGAGAAAGCCAGGUUCUUUGACUUUGUCAGUGACGGUGACAGGGAUCUGUUCUUUCAGAGGGCGAGAGAGAGGUGUGUCAAACUCCGGAGCAUUGCUUUGUUUUCCUCUCCCGGCUGCUAAGAACACAGACGCUGGUGUCCUGUGACAUUUGAAGCAAAAACAUGAAAACAUGUCACCCUCCUCCCAUAAACCAGUCGGCGAGGUUUCCUCUAGAGGAAUGAGCUUCAAAACAACGUCAGUGAGACUUAAAGUAUGAAAUGUAUUUAAAAAUCAGUAUUAUUCAAAUGUGUUAUUUAAAGAACUGCCUUUAACUUUGUGCCUGUGCACCACAAACCACAUGAACAUGAGCAAAGUGACCUUUUAAAGUCCCUCAGCUCUUAUUCUUAUCAUUCCAUACAAACUGUGCUCCCAUGUGACUCUCUCCUUUUGGCAAACGAUAUUAAUAUAUAACCAGAUAUUUUGAUUAUAUCUGUUUAUACAAAUGUACUUCUUUUUUCCACACAUCCACAUUCUACCUCUCCUACAUGCUGUGUGGUGCCAUGUGACCACUAGAUGUCAGACCUGUAUCCUGUUAAAUGACCAUCUUUCUUCAUUGUCCUGACAGUGAUUGUUUUGUUUUGUUAUAUAUGUUGGUGUGAAUAUACAUGUUGUCUGUAAACUUUAAAUGUAUUUGCAUUGAUUCGUUUGACUGUGUGUGCACGAGGCUUCUAUUGAAUGGUUGAUUCAAGGCAAAUAAAGUUCAAAUGUGAGUUUAUUGUAGGUUUUUGUGUGUGUGUGAUACUUUGGAUUAGUGAGUCGUGUGUUUCCUUAUGCACGUUUGCUCUUGGGCUGUCAGAAAAAUAAAGUUGAGAUGUGUGAAACGUAAACAAACAAUGUAUUCUCCUGUACUUUUCUCAGUUUGCCGGUUCUUUGUGAAUGAA